GCAUAGGCCUCGCAGACAGCGCGGUGAGCUCCAUUGAAGUCGUAUAUAUAUAUAUAUAUAUAUAUAUAUAUAUAUAUACUCACCUGUUGCCAGUUGCUCCGAAACUUACCGGCGAGGUACACGUGCUUUUUCUCAAUUAUAUAUACUCGGCUGCUGCGGUGCGUAAAUAAAAGUGCUGGUGUGGUUUUCUUUGGAGUGAAAUAUCGAUUUACUUGGACGCCUUGGAUCUUCUGUUCUAUUGAGACUUUCGAAAUGGCUGGUGGUCACUCUGUAUUGGUAGUUGGAAGUGGUGGUCGAGAACAUGCGAUAUGCUGGAAGCUUGCGCAAUCUGAGCAUGUUCAACAUAUCUACGUUGCACCAGGAAACAGUGGUAUAGGUCAGGAAAACAAAGUUACUUUGGUUCAACUGGAUGUUAAAAAUAACAAGGAAGUAGCAGACUGGUGCAAGAAAAACAAUGUGAGUCUGGUUGUUGUUGGGCCGGAAGAUUAUCUAGCCAAAGGCUUGGCUGAUGAGCUUAAAAAAAGUGGAAUUCCUUGUUUUGGACCUCAGAAAGAUGCAGCAAGAAUUGAAGCUGACAAAGAUUGGUCAAAGGCUUUUAUGGAUCGCCACAAUAUUCCAACAGCAAGAUGGAAGGGAUUCACAAAAAGUGAAGAGGCUAAGAAAUUUGUUAGAGAAGCUUCUUUCCCUGCAUGGGUUGUCAAAGCUGCAGGUUUGGCUGCUGGAAAAGGUGUGGUAGUUGCUACUAACAAUGAUGAAGCUUGUCAAGCAAUCGAUGAAAUGCUGGGGGACAAGAAGUUUGGAUCUGCCGGUGAGACAGUUGUUGUGGAAGAACUUUUACAAGGAGAAGAAGUUUCCAUGUUAGCAUUUACUGAUGGAAAGACUGUUGUGAGUAUGGCUCCAGCACAGGAUCACAAAAGAAUAUUCGAUGGUGACCAAGGACUUAAUACUGGUGGCAUGGGAGCCUACUGUCCUUGCCCACUUUUAACUUCAGAAGAAAUUGAGGAAAUGAAAAUCCAAGUUCUGCAAAAGGCUGUUGAUGGUCUUAGAAAAGAAAACAUUCCGUUUGUUGGUGUAUUAUAUGCAGGCUUGAUGAUCACGCCAGAUGGUCCCAAGGUUUUAGAAUUUAAUUGUAGAUUUGGUGACCCUGAAACCCAAGUUAUUCUACCCUUGUUGGACUCUGACUUAUUUGUCAUAAUGAAAGCUUGCACGGAAGGAAAUCUGAGCCCUAAACUUGUUUCAUGGAAGCAAAAUAUUUUUGCUACCGGAGUUAUAUUAGCGUCGCGUGGUUAUCCAGAGUCAUCAUCAAAAGGUCAAGUUAUCAAAGGUGUUGAAGAAGUAACCUCUAGAUAUGACCACUAUGUUUUCCACAGUGGAACCAGUGUAUCACCCUCGGGAGAACUAUUGACAAAUGGUGGUAGAGUACUGAUUGCUGUAGCUAUAGCUCCUUCAUUAGCAUUGGCAGCUGCUAAAGCAACUGCAGCAGCUCGUCAAAUUAAUUUUGAUGGAAAACAAUUCAGAACAGAUAUUGCCCACAAAGGAAUUGCCAGAUCUAUCUUGCAACAUGGACAAAUGACCUAUAAGAGUAGUGGAGUAGAUAUUCAAGCUGGUGACUCCUUAGUUUCAGUUAUUAAGCCAGCAGUCUCUUCCACAAAGAGAAGUGGCACACUUGGCAGCAUUGGUGGAUUUGGUGGACUGUUUGACACAAAAGCAGCAGGUUACAAAGACCCUCUUCUUGUCUCUGGAACCGAUGGAGUCGGUACCAAACUCAAGAUUGCCAUAGAGUGCAAAAAACACAACACGGUUGGAAUUGACUUGGUUGCUAUGUGUGUGAACGACGUACUUGCACAUGGAGCAGAGCCUCUGUUCUUUUUGGAUUACUUUGCUUGUGGUAGAUUAGAUGUUGGUACAGCUGCUCAAGUUGUAAAUGGCGUAGUCGAGGGAUGCAAACGUGCUGGUUGUUCUUUGGUUGGCGGAGAAACUGCUGAGAUGCCCGACAUGUAUGCAGAUGGAGAAUACGAUUUGGCUGGUUUUGCAGUAGGAGCUGUCGAGAGAACUGAAUUAUUGCCGAGAACCAGUGACAUUAAGGCCAACGACGUUGUAAUUGGAUUACCAUCCAGUGGAGUGCACAGCAAUGGAUUCAGUUUGGUACGAAAAGUAUUGAAACUUGCGGAUAAAAAGUAUUCAGAUGUAGCUCCUUUCUCAGCUUCUGGAAAAACAAUCGGCGACGAGUUAUUGGAACCUACUAAAAUUUACACAAAGAGCGUAAUUCCUGCUCUUAGGUCUAAUGCCGUAAAAGCAUUCGCUCAUAUUACUGGCGGAGGUUUAACAGAGAACGUUCCUAGAGUUCUUCCAGACGGGUUUGGUGUCACGUUAGACGCAACAAAGUGGAACAUCCUUCCUGUCUUCAGUUGGCUAGCUACAACUGGUGGAAUUGGAAAGUAUGAAAUGUUAAGAACAUUCAAUUGCGGUAUUGGAGGCAUUCUCCUCUGCUCUCCUGAACACAAAGACAAAGUCUUAGAGUUGCUCAAGUUUGAAAAUCCUGUUGUUAUAGGACACGUUAAUUCGCUGCAAGGAAAUCAAGAGAAAGUAAACGUGAAAAACUUUGAAAAGGCCAUCGAGACUGAUAUGAGAAAACACGUUAAGCCUUUGGUAGAGAAGUUAUCCAAGCCCCUAAAAAAAGUUGGUGUCUUGAUAUCUGGAAGUGGCACAAAUUUACAAGCUCUGAUUGAUGCCACUCAAGAUCCAACACAGCACAUUGGGGCUGAAAUAGUCUUAGUUAUUUCAAACAAAAGCGGUGUGGAAGGACUGAAACGAGCUGAAAGAGCGGGAAUAGCAACAAAGGUCAUCAAACACACCGAAUUUCCAAGCAGGGAAUCAUUUGAUAAAGAAAUGAACAAAGAGUUGAUAAAGGCGGGCGUAGAGAUCGUAUGUCUCGCUGGAUUUAUGAGAAUACUUUCGGCCGAUUUCGUUAAGUAUUGGAAAGGUGCCCUAAUAAAUAUUCAUCCAUCUUUGUUACCUUCGUUCAAGGGAGCAAACGCACACAAGGACGUUUUGAAAUUCGGUGCUCGAAUUUCCGGAUGCACUGUUCACUUCGUAGAGGUUGACAUUGAUUCUGGAGCGAUUAUCGAACAAGCAUCAGUGCCCGUUCUUCCUAAUGACACAGAGGAAACUUUACAAGAGCGUGUUAAGACGGCCGAGCAUAAAACGUUCCCUAAAGCAUUGAAACACUUGGCAACCGAGAGAAUUCAACUGAAGGCUGAUGGUACUCUCGAAUGGAAAUAUUGAAUUUGAAAACUAUUUCUCAUGUGCCUUUAAUACGUCAAACGUAUGAGCUUAAUCUAUGUAUAGACAUUUUGUAUAUUUUUUUCUUAGAAUAUAAUGAAACAUGCACUUUUUAAAAGUGUAAAAUAGUAUGUUUUUAUAUGAAAUAAAUCAAGCUGAAUAACUUUUGUAAAUUUGAA